AUGGCGGAUUCUUCUUUAGAGAUACCUCCCUUCAAAAGGGGACCUCAGAGGCGAAUAGUGAAUUACAGGCCUCUAUCAAGGCCGAUUUGCAACUGCAAUGUCCUGCUUGCCCUCAUGGACUGCAUAAGCUGCCUUGAAGUGGAAUGUGACAACAACACAGCAGUCCUUUGAAGACUGGCCCUGCAAGUCUACCUGCAUGAUAACCAUAACAUCAAACUCCACAGCCUUCCAAAAUCUGAGGAAUUGACGAUCCAACUCAGUGGUAUCUUGCAGGAGAUCUUCAACAGCCUGCUCUCCAGUGAUCCCCCACACCCUGGUUAACAUUUUCCAGGUGCACCGCUCACUCCGAGGUCAGGGGCCGCCGGACUCUCCACCCCAGGAUGUGAUCUGCUGCCUGUAUAACUUUGGGCUAAAAGAGGAAAUACUCCGCAAGGCUAGAGAUGUCCAAAAUAUUUGUUACCACUGGCAAAUGCCCAGUAGCUUGCUAGUUUUUGCCUUCACGGGGCCACACCUGACGCAAAGUUUUAGAGACUUUGGAGAUCUCAGCAAGAACCUCAACUACCGGCACUUUACAUGA